AUGUAAGCGUAGAAAAAAGGUCAAUAGUAAUCAUUUGCAGAAUAUGUUAAAUAAAUAACUAGUUAAUCUGUUAAUAGAUUCUAGCAAACAUCUACAAAACAAUUUCGAUCAACCAAUCUUCCUCAACUCCUUAGUGACAUGGAUAGAUCACCAUACAUGAUGACGAGUUUAGACAGAGCUAAAUUCCCUUAGGUGGCCAAAAUGAACAAGACCUCCUAUUUGAAUUACAGCUCAAGCGAGCAGAAGAAUUUUGAAGACUUGGCAUCCAAAUUUAAUCGAAAGAGACACUCCAAGGAUUAAUUUGAUGCGAUUUUAGUUGAACAUAUAGAAGUCUAAGAGACAUCUUCUUAGAAAAAGUCCAAUGCCAUACUGAUUUAACAUUAUAUACUUAUUGGACAUAUCUAUAGUAUACUAAUAUAAACAAUUUAUCAGAGAAUUGUAAUCUUUUUUGAAGGCUCAAUGUCAAAUGACUAGCCAAGUGAGAUUUCAUCAUAAAAUAUAUUUAUUUUAAUUAAAUUAUUUAAAAUAGCAAACACCAGUAUGACAGAUUUUGCAUUGACUACAUUUAGUAGUAAGGGAAAACUAUUAUAAAUCGAAUAUGCUCUCAAUGCUGUUGCAAAGGGUGACACAGCCAUAGGAAUCAAGGCUAAAAAUGGAGUUGUUUUGGUAGUCGAAAAGAAGCAAUCGUCAAUUUUAGUUGAAGAAUCUAGUGUUCAAAAAGUUGCUCUAUUGACAGACAAUAUCGCAGCUACUUAUGCAGGAUUGGGUCCAGAUUUUAGGGUCCUGUCUUAAUAAGCAAGAAAAUUAGUCAAAAAGUAUGAUCUCAAAUACCAGGAGGAAAUAUUCGUAUAAACAUUAAGCAGAGAAUUGGCGGAGGAUGUAUAAGUGGCAACUCAAAGAGGAGGUAUCAGGCCAUUUGGAGUAUCGAUUCUUAUUGCAGGAUAUGAUGAAGAGGGACCCCAUCUAGUUUAGCUUGAUCCAAGUGGAGCCUAUUAUAGUUGGAAGGCCACUGCCAUUGGAAAGCAGGCAAAGAAUGCAAAGGCAUUUUUGGAGAAGAGAUACAAUGCUGAUAUGGAGAUUGAAGAUGCUAUCAACACUGCGUUAUUGACUUUGAAGGAGGGAUUUGAAGGGUAGAUGACAGCGACGAAUAUUGAAGUGGGAGUGAUCAGGGAUGAUCAUGUUUUUAGGAUAUUGCCUCCGUCAUAGGUAAAGGAUUAUUUGGAAGAGUUAGAAUGA